CAGAAUUGAAGGGUUUGCAAGAAGGCCAGUCCCAGUGACGAUGGAGACGGUCAGGACGCGCCGACGACCGCGGCGACAGCUCGGACUCGAGGCUCCAGCCAAGGGAAAUCUGGCGCAGCACAUUGCGAGUAUCGUGGCGCUCUCGUUGCAGCAGAAUCAAGGCACUGGAGGGCUGUCGAGUGGGAAACAAGGGCGAUUGGCGUCGACGCUGCGACUGGCAGAGAAGAAUGUGGCCGACAUGUCAGCGUAUCUGCGUCGGCAAGAGGCUGAGGCUGCAGUAAUUUUGGCAAGAAGAGAGGAGGUGACGUCCUGCUAUGAAGACGAAGACCAGAAUGUGUGUAUCAUUUGCUUGGACGGCAACAUGGAGGACGAGAGUGCUGAAGCACUGCCUUGUGGUCACGUCUUCCAUGCUCAAUGUAUUGCGCAAUGGCUACUGUAUCGACGAGUGUGCCCUGUAGACCGACGGCCAGUGGAUGAAGAUGAUGUUGCCAUCCAAAGGUGAAGGAGCGAAAACUCAAUUAAAGUAAAAGCUCAUUUGCCGUUAGCAACUGGCAACUUGUUGCAAUGGCUCACCUUCAAGUGUGCUACCCAAUGCCCUCGCUUGUCCCAUUAGCAGCCUUACCACGGGAGAAUGUCGCCACGGAAGUGGAAGAAUUUGCCACUGUCCUCAGGCUUAGCGUUCGCGAUGACCUUAGUGAGACCAGCGACGCUCUCCACAGUAGUGACUUCGCCCUUGUGGCCAGUCAUGCGCGUCACGACGUAUCCAGGGUGUAGCGCCAGUGUAACGAUCUUGUCGUCCUUGAGAUCGAUCGAGAGGCUCUUAUUGAGCAUGUUAAGUGCCGACUUUGACGCGCGGUAGCUGUAUCUGCCACCGGAGGCAUUGUCAGCGAUGCUGCCCAGGCGUGAGGUGAUCUGACUCACUGUAGCUGUGCCAUUCUUAGCCACCGCCAGCUUCAGAUUCGGCAGCAGAGCACGCGUCACGAGGAAGGGACCGACAGCGUUCACUUCGAAGAGCUUCAUCACUUCCGCCUUGGUAACGUCAGGAACGCCGCCUCCGCCGCCCAUGCCGGCAUUGUUGAUCAAUAGGUCGAUGGGCUCGCCCUUGAGCUCCCCGGCCGCCUUGGCAAUUGAAGACUCGUCGGUGAUAUCUAGUGGGAUGAUCUUCGACACCGCCAACUCCUUUAGCUGAAGCGCAGAGCAAGUUAGAUACUAUACACGGAUCUAAAGCCAUUUAGAGCCAAUAUGAAUCGUACGUCGGUGGCUCCUUCGACGUCGCGUGCUGCGGCGAUGACCUUCCAAUCGGUGUUCACGUAGUGGCGCGUGAAGGCGAGGCCGAUGCCGCGGUUGCUGCCAGUGAUGAGGACGGUCUUGGCAACGCUCAUGGCAAUGGUUGGAAAACUCCAGAGUGAUCCAAAAUGAGACGAUGGCUGGUCUCACGACCCAAGAGUGAUGGUCAUUUUUGAAGUGGCUUAGCAAAAGUGACGUACAUUUUUCUCCAGUUGAACAACACUCUCGAAAUGGCAUGCAAAUAGACAUCUUUUUGGUAUUGCACGCGCUUACAUUAACUACACUAACAGCUCGCC